CAAAAUGGCGGACACUGAGCCAGCUGUAGAAACUGAAAACACUCAAGAAACACUAAAAGAAGAGGAUGAAGAGGAUGAAGUUAAAGAUGUAGAAGAGCUCAGUGAAGAUGCCGAGGCAUUUAAAGAGGAACUUGCUAAAAUAGUAGUGCAUCCGCCUACAAUCGAUUUAACACCAAAAGAAACAUUUGAUCCUGCUGAAUUUCCUUCAUCUUACAAGGAAAAUCUUCCAAAUGAAAACUUGGUCCUCCAGUUUGCUGAGAACUUCAGAAGACAGUUUGUCCAUCUGUAUCGGGACAGAAAGCCACUUCUUCUGAAUCCAGUCAAUGAAUGCUUUGUAGAGAAAUUUGUUUGCACAACAAUCCGUCCAACACAGCUUGAGUACAAGGAGCUGUAUGACUGGGAUGGGGCAGCAGAGUUUGUAGCUGACUAUCUAAACUUCGAAACACUCGAACCUCCCUUUGAACUGCCAAAAAGAUUACUGUCCCCAACCACAGUAUUGAAGCGCCAGAAGGGAAACUGUUUUGAGUACAGCACACUACUGUGUUCCCUUCUGAUAGGGGCGGGGUAUGAUGCCUAUGUGGUGAGCGGAUAUGCCACAAGGGAAGUAUGUCUGGCCGAUGAGUCCAGAGAAAUAUGCCCUCUACUGAAGAAAAAAGAGGAGAUAAAAGAAGAAGCAAAGAAAAAGGAGUUAAAGAAAUACACAGUGAAACCACCCAAGGAUCUACAGUCCAAGUUCGAACUGAAGCAGGCUGCCAAGGCGAAGGCCGAGAAGGAUAAAGAGGAUGCGAAACAUCGUACCGAGGAGGAACAGAGACAAGCAGAGCUUGAGAAACCUCCACCAGACCCGCUGUAUGGUCUGCGUAUCCACUCUUGGGUGAUCGUUUUGCACGGGAAACGUGAGGUGCCGGAGAGCUUCUUUGUUGAACCCUUCACCGGGCUCUCCCACCCGGUGGACAGCUCCAACUACCAGGGCAUUGAGAGUGUGUGGAACCAUGUCAACUUCUGGGUCAAUAUGCAAGACUGCUCAGAGGGGGUCCAGAACCUAAGUUACGACCUUGGUGACUGCACGAAAUGGGAGUACAUGUUCCCCAACACGGACAAGCCACUGCUGCAGAUCCCUGAGGCCGAGGAGGACAUCAUGGACGGCCUCGAUGAUGAGGAGGAGAAUGCAGAGGAACAGGAGAAGCAGCUAGACUUACCUCCAACCUGGGUUGAGCCUAUCAAGAUAUCAAAGAAAGACUUUGAGAUGCGGUGCCCACAAGGCAAGAAGAACAAACUUUACAAGCGGGCCAAGCUGGAAAAAUUUGCCCACUAUCUCAUGAAAGACGGACUGGUGUCACGACUAUCAGUGUACUCGGACAGAGAACUGACAGAUAUGGUAAUGACUCGAGAGUACUUCGAACACCGAGAAGACAAACUGUAUAACCGAGUACACAACCAUCAGACUACCUGGAUCACUGAGUACUUCGCACCAGGACGGGCAAAGUGUGUCAAAGAGCACCAGUAUAAGGCGAGUACCCCAGGUCCUGAGAGUGAGCGCACAAUGUUGUUUUAUGCAGAGGCUCGCGUUGACGGGCUGAUGAAGAGGAUGGAGACCCCGUCGGAAAUGACCGAACACUUUGAAAAUCGGGAUGAUUUCUUGUACUUCAAGCACACAGAGUUUGGGAAGAAACCAAAGAAAUUUGGUCCCCAGGAUAAAUCUUCUGGCCAGGAACCUAGACCAAUACUGAAAAUGCAGAUGAAAUACCAUCGCAAUAAGAACAAGAAGGCAAACGACGACAUUGCAGAACUUGUCUACUUAUGUUCCGAGGACAAAAUACAGAUCACAUAUCACACAGAGGACAAACGUAUCGCCUCCUCGACGAGGGAGUUCCUGAAGCCGCAUAACUGGGACGAGAAGGGAGCGACCUUGACAUUCUCUGGGGACAUGCAGCAGACAUUCCAGGUUGAUCCAAACCUGCCAUCCAACAAGCAGGUUGAGAUGUAUGAGAUGUUACUAUCGCUCCUGGAGCAGGAGGGGACAUGUAUGGAGGGUGUUCGUGAGUCAGAGGAGGAGGUACGCGAGAUACUCGAGGAUCGGAUACGGGAAGAGGCUGCCGAGGAGCUGGACAUUUCCGUGUAUGAUACGGAGAGAAACGAGAAGGCGAAGAAACAUAGAAAGGACCUGGAGCGCCAACAACUUGAGGAGAAGAUGCGUAAGCAAGAGAUGGAGAUCGACUACCUUGCUCCAUUCCUCGCCCAGAUCGGGGACCCAGAGAAGAUCACCCGCCAACAGGCUUAUAAGCUGAAGGAGGACUGCCUGAUGGACCUGAAACAACGCCUUAUUGACAAGGCUAACCUCAUACAAGCACGCUUUGAGAAGGAGACCCAAAAGCUGCAGAAGAAACAGGCUUGGUACCAGCAGAACCAGGUGAACAUGCUGAAGGACGAUGAGGAGGCGUACUUGGAAUACUGCAGUCAGGCCAUGUUCCGUAUACACAUACUGGAGCUCAGACUUAACAGGCACAAGGACCAGGCCCCACACAAAUACAUGAUGCUUGAACAAACCUUGAGACAAGACCCUCGACUCGCCGAGUACUUUUAAUCCUGCCAGACUGCAUCGCCUGUUCAUAUCUAAUUAUUUAUAACUAUUGUGAUAUUGUUUGGACAUUGUGAUAGAAGCAUUUGUGUGAUUUAUUCCAAGUAUUUUUGUCUAUUUUGUAAUCACAUUGUAUGAAUGGUAUGCGAUGUUUGUGGCUCUUAUGUUUUACAUGAAAUACUAUUAAAAUGUGUUACUUACAUUCCAUAUAAAAAUUCUGAAGUAAUGAGCGCAAACCAGGCCAACAGUGAAAAUGACGUAACAUGAGAAAUCAGGGUUUUUCCAACAAGCUGAUUUUCUUAAGUGUGACAGUGGUUUUAUUUUUAUUCUCAAUUAACUAAGAGACUAAUAGAUAAAUCCCAGUAUCAUGCUUGAUAAAUGAGCGUAUUCUGGUGUUUUUGACUGUGACCUGUUUUUUGUAAAUUUCGUCAGGUAUAUACUUUAUGUUUGCAAAAUGGAGUACCUGUACUUCUGAACGCUUAAAACUGCUGAUUAAAAAGUAAUAAUGCUUUAGUUUGAAAUAUGUGGCCGUUGUAAAAAUAAGUUCAUGGAUAUAUAUAUUAAAGGAACAAUGGACUAUUGUUUUAUCAUGAGCCUUUCAAUCUGUUAUAGCAAUAUUUGAAUUUGUACUUGCUUUUUUGGUCAAUAAAUUGUGAACAUAG